UCGCAGCAUGUCGCAGCCAAGGUCGUUGUAGUCAUGGGACGGGGCUUUCUGCGUUUCACAUGUUUUCCGGACGGGACUCAUGAACACCCAUGCAAAUGGCCUUCAAAGACACUGGCCAUGGUGGCUGCGGCCAUGUGCAACACCUCCAGCUUGGCCAAGCUCACCCUGAUCAUCCACUGCCGACAGGAGCCGACGAUUUGCCGAGCUCGGCUGCCUCUUCUCUUGGAAUUCUCGGUUUACUUCAAGAAGACGGUGAUCUUACUGAACAAAGAUCCUGGCUGGUUGCCGGGAGCCCUGCAUUGCGAGAUGGCUGGAGAUCCCUACUUCUGCGUCGCGGAAGAGAUUCCUCGCUCUCACGAUUCCGAUGGAAUUCUCUACAUGCAGUUUGAUGUGGCGAUGUCUCCCUGUGAGAUGGCUCAACGUUUGGAUGUGACCGCGAUGGGAACCUUUGAGGAUCUUGAAGACAAGUACAUCACAUAUGCCCGACUGGACGAAUGUAACACCGUUUUGGCGGAUGUGUGUGGCUGGCCUUGGUGGAACAUGGCGAACGACAAUAGCAAGAAGAACCUUCUGAACACCGCCAAGGCUCUGGCUGAGAUCAGAAGCAAGCGUGAAAUUGACAACGCAUCCAUUCUUCAAAAGCUUGAAACUGGGGUUUGGCGUGGUGUGUCCGACUUUUUCUACGUGCCCAAGCAAGCGUUUGGCCCCUUUGCAACCUUUGCCAAACCCUUCAAAGACAACAACGUGUUCAACGAAUUGGGCUCUCCAAGCGUGCUGAUGACCUCUGCUGAAGUGUCGGGAGUCUCUCUGCAAAACUUUGGCUGCCAUGGCAAUUGUUGCGCAGCUGUGGGGAAGCAGGAGAUUUUGUCCGAAGGUUUUCUUUGUGGACACAAGGUGGACUAUCAACGUCCUUGUAAUCGCUUGGCCGUGCAGCUCUUGGCAGCACAAGGAAGACCUCACCCCGGGCCGCAAGCACUGCACACGGUCAAUGCGAAUGUGCCACCGGAGUUUGCUCCCCCAUGCGAGAUGGCGAACCUGAUGAAUGUGACACUGAUCAUUCACUGCACUCAGCUUUGCCACGAGAGGCAGUUUUUGCUGCAAGAAUACUUCCACUAUUUCCAGCAUGUGAUCUUAUUGACGAGAGAAGACCUUCCGUUUUUGACAGCGCGCACGUGUGCUGCUGAAGUUUACUGGUGCGUGGCGGAAGAGAUCGCAAAGUCUGCGAAUUCCAAGGGAAUCAUGUUCUUGCACUUUGAUGUUGCCAUGUCUCCUUGUGAGAUAACCAGGCGUUUGGACGCGGCAAAGGUCGGCACCUUUGAGGAACUCACAAAUAUCACCGCUGCUAAGUUGGAUGAAUGCAAUCGCAAGAAGCUGAAUUGCCAGUGGCAGCACUGGAAUGCGGACAAAUCCAGGGCACAGAUCUUGAACGCCGUGGCAAGCCUAGAGGCUCCACUCAACAAGACCUGGGCCUUCCGAAGCUUGAAGAAUGGCAGCAUCUUUCGUGUCUUCAGUGGCCUGUUCUAUCUUCCUGAGAAGGCCUUCCCGCUCUUCCAAGCUGCAGCGCGGAUCUUGAACGAUUGGGAUUUGCCCCACGAGAUUGCUGUGCCCAUGCUGCUGGCCUUGUCAGAAGUGGAGCUUCAAAAUCUGGGCUGUUCUCCCAAGGUGAGUGAGCCUGAGUUCGCGAAGGGCUUCGUUUGUGGGCGUGGCUUUGAAAGCGAUGUUUCUUCCAUGGAUACUCUUGAGGACAUGCUUUGUGACCCUGCGAAAUCUUGGCUUCAAAGUCCAUAUAAGUUUUUGCUUGUCAUAUUGGAAAAAGAAAUCGUGGACGUUCGCGUCCCGGUUCAGGUUUGCCAACAGCUGGCUCGGUGCUGUACGGUAUUUUGAUUGCGGGGAAUCAAGCCUUUGUUCUCAAAUCAUGAAGACCUCCGACGUAGACGUCGAAGGACGUCAUGCUUCGGAAGAACCUUUUGCUUUUCCAGCUCCCAAAUGAUCCAUGACUGGCGAAGAAAGUGUAUCACCUACAUGACUGGUGGUUUUGGGGUGGUGAAGAUGUUGUUCAUGUAGGUUGCGUUCCGGGUCGGACUGCCGCGACCGAGGAAGUACUUUCCGCCGCAGCAGCUCGUCUCGGAGAUCCGCCCCGGAAAGGUCUCCUGGAUGAUGAGGACUCCCCAGGAGCUCCAGAGGAGCUUGAACGAGCAGAGCACUUUCGUUGUAGUUCUCUUGGUUUUGGUGUCCAUCCUCCUGUGGUUUCGCAUGAGAAUUCUGCGACAAGGUUGGCACAGGGUGAAUUCUGGACGCCCCUGAAGUGGCCUUGUC